GUUAGAUUUUAUAAUCUCCUAUCUGAACUACUGCUGUAUAUUAUUAGAUAUAUUAAAAAAGAUAAUUCUUUAUUAUUACUCUCCUCAGUAAACCGAACACUACACCACUUAUAUACCUGCCACAUAUUCCGGAAGCUAAAGAUGGCCUUUUUAACAACAGGAUUAGACUACUUACUACAAAUAUCAUACUCUUAG